AUGGCGGCAAGCCACUUAGAUCGUUUCAUUGAGGGUGAAGCUAGAGUAUAUGAGCUUAGGGAAAUAAUCAAGAAGGCUGAACAUAUGAGGGAAGUACUCAGUGUGCAGUCGAUGAAUAGGAAGGGGAGGACUAAGCAGAGGGAUGUGAUAUCCUUCUCAAGUAAAGACUUAGAGAGGAUCCAGACUCCUCACAAUGAUGCACUAGUUGUCACUAUGUGUGUCAAAGACUUUGAUAUAAAUAGGAUCUUGAUUGACCAAGGUAGCUCGGUCCAAAUAAUGUAUUAUGAUGCCUUCAAGCAGUUGAAGCUAGAAGACAAAGACUUGGCACCGGCAACAUCACCUUUGGUUAGAUUUAACUCACAGCUGGAAUGGCCUUUAGGGAAGAUCAUAUUCUCGGUUAAAACUGGCUCAGUCAUUAAGCAAGCAGAAUUUUGGGCGUUGAAAGUCUCAUCCAUUUACAACUUGAUUUUGGGGAAAGGUUGGUUGCACACCAUGCAAGCAGUUGCUUCAACUUACCAUCAAGUGAUGUGUUUUCCUUUUAUGUUUGGCAUGAUUGAAGAGGUAUGA